AGCCGGGAGGCUUAGCUGGGGCCGCAGCGCGGCGGCAACAUCACUCUCGCUGCCGCUGCUCCGCCCCAUCUUCUUCUGUUUUUCUCUCUCAUUCUCCGGUGGCGGCGGCGGGGAAGGCAGAGGCACAGGCAGCAGCAGCCGCGGUGGCUGCGAUGAAUGAUCCCCCAGCUAGUGGGGAGGACUCCAGGUGAGCCUCUGCCCUCGGAAGGGCCGGGACCCCCGGCCACCCAAGACCUGCAGCCCCGCUAUGGAUCCCUAGAGGGAGGAGGAGAAGGAGAAGACAGCUCCGCCACCCACCCCCAUCCCAUUUGCCUCUUCCUUUAUCUCAUUGUUGCCAGAGCUGUUUACGGCAGCGCUCCCUCUGCCCAGACAUGGGGUGGGUUCCGGGCACUGCCAGUCGGCAGGCGCUGCUCCCGCGGCUGCCAGGGGAUUCUGCCUAAUCCUACCCCUCCAGCUGGUGCAGCGAGGACCGGACAGCGGUGGAGGCCCGGACUGCAGCAGCGGCGGGGCCACCUCCCAGCAUCCCCACCCUAGGAGGCUGCAUGCAGAUUGAAGAGAAGCGCCUGGGGGCUGGGCCAGCCCUCUGAUCCCCAGCUAGGGAGCAGGAGAGCAGGACCGCCCCGGCCGAGGGGGUCGGGGGCAGCAAGGGCAGAGCAGCAAGAUGGCCAGUAAGACCAAGGCCAGCGAGGCCCUGAAGGUGGUGGCCCGGUGCCGCCCCCUCAGCAGGAAGGAGGAGGCUGCUGGUCACGAGCAGAUCCUGACCAUGGACGUGAAACUGGGCCAGGUGACCCUGCGCAACCCCCGCGCGGCCCCGGGAGAGCUGCCCAAGACCUUCACCUUUGAUGCUGUGUAUGAUGCCAACUCCAAGCAGGCAGAUCUGUACGAUGAAACAGUGAGGCCCCUGAUAGACUCCGUGCUUCAGGGUUUCAAUGGCACCGUGUUCGCCUAUGGCCAGACGGGCACUGGCAAGACCUACACCAUGCAGGGGACCUGGGUGGAGCCCGAGCAGCGUGGGGUCAUCCCCAACGCCUUUGAGCACAUCUUCACCCACAUCUCCCGCUCCCAGAACCAGCAGUACCUGGUCCGGGCCUCCUACUUGGAGAUCUACCAGGAAGAGAUUCGAGACCUGCUCUCCAAGGAGCCUGGCAAGAGGCUAGAGCUGAAGGAGAACCCUGAGACAGGGGUCUACAUCAAGGACCUCUCCUCCUUCGUCACCAAGAACGUCAAGGAGAUCGAACAUGUGAUGAACCUGGGGAACCAGACCCGGGCAGUGGGCAGCACCCACAUGAACGAGGUCAGCUCCCGCUCCCAUGCCAUCUUUGUCAUCACUGUGGAGUGCAGCGAGCGUGGCUCUGAUGGCCAGGAGCACAUCCGUGUGGGCAAGCUCAACCUAGUGGACCUGGCUGGCAGUGAAAGGCAGAACAAAGCAGGCCCCAACACACCUGGAGGGACAGCCACACAGUCCACGGGUGGUGGUGGUGGUGGUGGUGGAAGUGGUGGCACCAGUGGUGGAGAGAGACCUAAGGAAGCUUCCAAAAUCAAUCUCUCACUGUCUGCCCUGGGCAAUGUGAUUGCUGCUCUGGCCGGUAACAGAAGCACCCACAUCCCCUACCGGGACUCCAAGCUGACGCGGCUGCUCCAAGACUCGCUGGGGGGAAAUGCCAAGACCAUCAUGGUGGCCACCCUGGGGCCAGCUUCUAACAGCUACGAUGAGAGCCUCUCUACCCUGCGCUUUGCCAACCGAGCCAAGAAUAUCAAGAACAAGCCCCGGGUGAAUGAGGACCCCAAGGACACACUACUGCGGGAAUUCCAAGAGGAGAUCGCCCGCCUGAAGGCCCAGCUGGAGAAAAGGGGGAUGCUGGGGAAACGGCCCCGGAGGAAGAGCAGCCGCAGGAAGAAGGCCGAGUCAGCUCCUGCGGGGUACCCUGAGGGGCCAGUGAUUGAGGCCUGGGUGGCUGAAGAGGAGGAUGACAACAACAACAACCACCACCCACCCCAGCCCAUCCUGGAGUCAGCCUUCGAAAAGAACAUGGAGAAUUACCUUCAGGAGCAGAAGGAGCGGCUGGAGGAGGAGAAGGCGGCCAUUCAGGACGACCGCAGCCUGGUGAGUGAGGAGAAGCAGAAGCUUCUAGAAGAGAAGGAGAAGAUGCUGGAGGACCUGCGGCGGGAGCAGCAGGCCACAGAGCUGCUUGCGGCCAAGUACAAGGCCAUGGAGAGCAAGCUGCUCAUCGGGGGCAGGAACAUCAUGGAUCACACCAAUGAGCAGCAGAAGAUGCUGGAACUGAAGCGGCAGGAGAUUGCCGAGCAGAAACGCCGUGAGCGGGAAAUGCAGCAAGAGAUGAUGCUCCGAGAUGAGGAGACCAUGGAGCUCCGCGGCACCUACACGUCCCUGCAGCAGGAGGUGGAGGUCAAAACUAAGAAACUCAAGAAGCUCUACGCCAAGCUGCAGGCGGUGAAGGCAGAAAUCCAGGACCAACAUGACGAGUACAUCCGGGUGCGGCAGGACCUGGAGGAGGCGCAGAAUGAGCAGACCCGUGAACUCAAGCUCAAGUACCUAAUCAUUGAGAACUUCAUUCCCCCUGAGGAGAAGAACAAGAUCAUGAACCGGCUUUUCCUGGACUGUGAGGAGGAGCAGUGGAAGUUCCAGCCACUGGUGCCAGCUGGAGUCAAUAACAGCCAAAUGAAGAAGCGGCCAACAUCUGCAGUGGGCUACAAGAGGCCUAUCAGCCAGUAUGCUCGGGUGGCCAUGGCAAUGGGGUCCCACCCGAGGUACAGGGCUGAAAACAUAAUGUUUUUGGAGUUGGACGUGUCCCCUCCAGCUGUCUUUGAGAUGGAAUUCUCUCAUGACCAAGAACAAGACCCUCGUGCACUACACAUGGAGAGGCUUAUGCGACUGGAUAGCUUUCUGGAAAGACCUUCCACGUCUAAAGUCCGAAAGUCCAGAUCCUGGUGCCAGAGUCCUCAACGGCCUCCUCCCUCCACCACGCACGUCCCCGUGGCAGCUUCUUGUCCACGCCCUGCGACGGUGGUGGACCAUGAAUGACAGUGACAACCUUCACAUCAGGCUGCCCACCCAACGGACUCCUGGGGUGGGGUAGCCAGCCCCGGCUCAUCUCACCUGCUGCUUGCGUGUGCGUGCGUGUGUGUGCAUGUGCGUGUGCGUGCGUGUGAAGGGAGAGGAUCCGGCAGACAGCACCUCUGCCUGCUCUUCUCCACCUCCUUUAUUUAAUUCAUGUUAUUUAUUCGUGGAGCUCAGUUUGUGUGUGGGAGACGCGUGGCCCAAGCUGUCUGGGCCUGCUGUGGUCACUGCGUAGCCUCCUUUCCUUCUUCUGACUUUAGACGCCUCCCUGUCAGACCUCAGGCUUCUCCCCGUGUCAGCUGCCCCCAGCAGGGAAGGUGGCCAGUGCCUGAGAAGACAGUCCCUUUCCUACCCGUCUCACUCCGUAACCUCCAUCUCCUCCCAUGCUGACGGUGAGCAGCCUCUAAGCACUUUCUAGGACCAGAAAACUGCUCAGCAUCCACUGAGGACAAGAGACAUCCUGACCGUGUUGGUCCUGUGCUCCCAGUGGACAGAGCGAGCCCCACUCUCCCCUUUCUGGGCCUCAAACAACCUCUUUCAGCCUCUCAGACUCCUUUUCAAUGAUGUAAACGACCUCACCAACAUGGCCCGAGCUCUUCAGCUUUGGCAAGAACUCAUGGCUUCCCAAACUCUGCCUCCUGCCCGCCUUCCCAGCCCCUGGUUGGUUAUUGCAAACCAGCCGGUUGCUGCCACCCUGGGACUUGCAGGAAAUGGAGCAACAAUUAAGACAACCUGGACAGUCAUCAAGGGAAGUCCCUCCUCUAGGUCUCUUUGUUUCUGUCCCCUCCGAGAAGAAACUUUGGUCACAAACCAUGGAGCCGACUCCCCAUUUUUGAGAUGCUGCUCCUUCUGCAUUGGUCAUUUCUCCCUGCACUUGCCCAGAUCCCUCUUCACAGUGGGAGGAGUCAAUGUCGCUGCACCCCUGACUAAAUGAAGGUAUUAAAAUCUGUUGCUUUCCCUGUCAUUUAGCACAGGAAACAGAGAACCAGGUGCAAUCUUUUCCAGCUUUGCCUAUUACCCCUGUUUCUGAAUCACAUUUUUGGGGGGAACUCUUUUGUUGAAAACUGAUCCUUUCUUCACCAGUUGUGCAAAUUAGUCCCUAGGGGGGAACUGCUCACCUUCCUUUGGGACAAUCCAAAAUGUCUCCAAGUAUCUCAAGUGAUAAGUAAAUUUCUACAAAAA